AAACCACACACAUAAAGAGCAAGAGAGAGAGAGAGGUUAACGGGUCUGAAAGCAAAACCCAGAAAAUAAUUUCAGAGAAAAUCACAAAGAAUCGGCAAUGGAAGCAAGAGCAGUUCUUCCACCACAACCCAGAGGGGAAGGUAAGGUAAAGAAUGACCAAGGACAACGAAGGAAUCGGCGAGUUCUAGGAGACAUUGGCAAUCAAGAGGUGGUUCGUAUUGCAGAAGCAAAACACCGCCCCAUUACGAGGAGCUAUCAUGCACAACUGUUGGCUAAUGCACAAGCUGAAGCAGAGAAGAAGAAGAACCCGAUUGUAGCAGUUGUGGAUGAUAAAGUAGCAGUUAACAGAAAGCAUGGUACUAAGAAGUUAGCAGAAGCUCAAAAGAAGGCAAUUGAUAAGCCUGAACCCGAGAGUAUAGUCGUGAUUAGUUCUGAAGGGGAAAAGGUUAAAUCUGUCAGUGGAAGAAAGUCAAGGGAACGGUCCUCAAGGAAGGAAAUCAAGACGCUUACUGCGAUCCUCACUGCUCGAAGCAAGGUUGCUUGUGGAGUCACAGAUAAGCAAGAUCAGAUUGUGAACAUUGAUAUGGGAGAUGAAAAUGAUGAUUUGGCAGUAGCUGAAUAUGUUGAUGACAUCUACAAGUUUUACAAGCUCACAGAAGAUGAGAGCCGAGUACACGAUUACAUGAAUUCACAGCCAGACAUCAAUGUGAAGAUGAGGUCUAUUCUCAUAGACUGGUUGAUUGACGUUCAUAGAAGAUUCGAACUCACGCCUGAAACACUCUACCUUACCAUUAAUAUAGUUGACCGGUACCUUUCCAAGAAGAUUGUAUCAAGGAGAGAACUUCAAUUAGUGGGCAUGAGCUCAAUGCUCUUAGCCUGCAAAUAUGAAGAAAGUUACUGUCUACAGGUUGAUGACCUGGUUUGCAUAUCAGACUAUGCUUAUCCUGAUACUCAGAUACUUGUCAUGGAGAAAGCAAUUUUGGAAAAGUUGGAGUGGUAUUUGACAGUUCCCACACCUUAUGUCUUUCUGGUUCGAUAUGUCAAAGCUUCUGUUGCACCUGAUCUGGAGAUGGAGAAUAUGGUGUAUUUUCUAGCUGAACUGGGUCUUAUGCAUUAUCCAACAACCAUUUUGUACUGCCCUUCAAUGAUUGCUGCUGCAGCCGUUUUUGCCGCACACUGCACUCUCAACAAGACCCCUUUUUGGAGUGAAACUCUGAAGCACUACUCAGGCUACUCUGAAGAGCAGAUACUAGACUGUGCCAAACUGUUGGUUGAGUUUCAUUCAGCUGCUGCAGAAAGUAAGCUGAAGGUGGUAUAUGGGAAAUACUCAUGUUCAGACAGGGGUGCUGUUGCUCUUGUCCCUCCACCCAAAAGUCUUCUGGCCAGAUCCACGUGAAGAUAUUAUCUCAUAUCUUGGUUGGUUUUUGUAGCCUAAUGGUGUAGUGUUGUAAUUGGAUUUCUACUAAAUGAUCUCAAAUUCUUUUAUUGUGUUGGAUGCUUUUUGGAGUCUUUCUUGAUUAAUGUACAUAGCUUCUGUCAUUCUUUUGAA